GAAUCACAGUUCCCUGUUAACAGAUGAUGAGAAUCAAAAGAUAUUGAGCUAUCUUCAUCCUCAUCGAAUUGCUCGUAUUAUUACGGUAUUGAGAAUCUACAAACCGGAUUCUAGCGGGAGCUUAUGGCUUAAACAUCAUGCUGGUGUGGCCACAAUUGAACGCGAUAAUUCAAAAUACUACAUUCGUCUCUAUGACAUUGAAAAGAUGUCUCAACUUUUUGAACAACAAAUAUUCAUCCAAAUGGAAUACACACAACACAGUUCCACAAUAGCGACUUUUAAAGGAGACGAGUGCCCAAUAUUAAUGUCUUUCUCUUCAGCUCAAGAGGGGACGGAAUUUCAGAAAGUUCUCAAUAAUCUCAUUAACCGAUUUAUCAAGCAUACAAAUGAGAUAUCACGAACAACUACAACAUUGAAUGGUAACGCCACCACUGUACUAAAUAUGCCUCAAUCGGGACUCAAGACUGUUGGUCUUUCGGGCACAGCUGCUAACGCCUCUGCGGUGCACACUUCAAAACUCUGGAACACCUUUAGUAGCGUCCGUAAAAAGAAGACGAACAAAUCGGAUUUGAUAAGCAAUCCCUUCGGAUUUCAGCAUUUGCAGCACUUGGGAUUCGACAAGGAGACCCAGCAAUUCGAUGCGGUGGGAAUGCAAGAUGAUCUCUUCCGCUCAUUUCUUGAACUCGGUGGUCUCAGUGAACAAGUGAAAACAGACUCCCAAAAGGAGUUCGCCAUCAACUUCAUCAAGGAGAGGGUCGGCAUUGAUGAAUUUACAAAAGCAAUGAGGCAUCAAAAGCCGUCGCGACCAGCUCCACCUCCACCACCGUGCACAGACUUUAAUAAAAGACCUCAGCAACCUGUAGCAGCUCCGCGCGGGUUUCCUCGGAAGCCCUCCGGCCCCCCUCCUCCUCCUCCAGGUGGGUUACCGUCUGCGCCGAGGAAUCCUCCACCACCACCACCUUCGAGACCUGGGAUGCCGCAACAGUCAGGAGACAUCGUGGACUCUGUAGCUCCACCACCACCACCACCCCCUCCACCACCAUCCGCCCCCACUGUCAUUUCUCUGAGUUCCGGAGAUGGCUCUUCGUCGGCACCCAAACCUCCCAUUGCCGCUAUUCCUAUGUCCGUGGGCGACGAAAUUCGCGCUUUUAACAAGAACAAUCUCAAAAGCGUGAGUGUCUGUUUUGUUUGUAGUCAAGGCAUCAAGUUUGUCAUCGAUUUGCAUUAUCCGCUAAUAUAA